UCCGCGGCUCAGGAGCGGGCGGCCGGUCCGGGUGGGCAACGAGAGAGGCCGGGUAGACUGACGAAAACACCGAGGACUUUGCCGUGCCGUGUGAAACCCUUGUGCCUUGGCCUUAGGACAAAGAGACUCAUGGAGCCAUUGCCAGCCUCAGAGUCAGAGCGGGGCCAGCCUGGAGGUCCCGGCACCACGAGCCCCCUCAGGUUCCCGGAGCAGUCCGCUGAGAGAAGCUCAGGGAAAGCAAGAUGGAAGCCCACGGCCAAAGAUGCCUUCAAAGACAUUUCCAUAUACUUCUCCAAGGAAGAAUGGACAGAGAUGGGAGACUGGGAGAAAAUCCGAUACAGGAAUGUGAAAAGGAACUAUGAAGCGCUGAUGACUAUAGGUCUCAGAGCCCCUCGACCAGCUUUCAUGUGUCACCGCAGGCAGGCCAUCAAACCCCAAGUAGAUGUCACUGAGGAUUCCGAUGAAGAAUGGACGCCAAGGCAGCAAGUCAAACCUUCUUGGGUGGCAUCCAGAGUGGAUCAGAAUAAACAACACAAGGGAACCCACAGAGUGCCAUUAAGUAAGGAAUCUAAUUUGAAGGAAUUCUCAGAAACAGCAAAGUUGCUGAACACAAGUGGCUCAGAGCAGGGCCAGAAACCAGUGUCCCUUCCUGGAGAAGCAAGUACCUCUGGACAUCACUCUAGACGAAAAUUGGAGCUCAGGAGAAAGGAGAUUGGAGUGAAGAUGUAUAGUCUACGAGAAAGAAAGGGCUUUGCAUACCAAGAGGUCAGCGAGCCCCAGGAUGAUGACUACCUCUAUUGUGAGAAGUGUCAGAAUUUCUUCAUUGACAGUUGCGCUGUUCAUGGACCCCCUACGUUCGUAAAGGACAAUGCAGUGGGCAAGGGGCAUCCCAACCGCUCAGCCCUCACUCUGCCCCCUGGUCUGAGAAUCAGACCAUCGAGCAUCCCUGAGGCUGGGCUUGGAGUAUGGAAUGAAGCAUCUGAUCUGCCACUGGGUACACACUUUGGCCCCUAUGAGGGCCAGAUCACCGAAGACGAAGAGGCAGCCAACAGUGGAUACUCCUGGCUGAUCACCAAAGGGAGAAACUGCUACGAGUAUGUGGAUGGAGAGGAUAACUCUUGGGCCAACUGGAUGAGGUAUGUGAACUGUGCCAGGGACGAUGAGGAGCAGAACCUGGUGGCCUUUCAGUAUCACAGGCAGAUCUUCUACCGAACCUGCCGGGUCAUCAGGCCAGGCUGUGAACUGCUAGUCUGGUACGGGGACGAGUACGGCCAGGAGCUGGGCAUCAAGUGGGGAAGCAAGUGGAAGAGCGAGCUCUCAACAGGGAAAGCAGAACCACAGCCAGACAUCCAUCGAUGUCCCUCCUGCUCACUGGCCUUCUCCAGUCAGAAAUUCCUCAGCCAACAUGUGGAAUGCAAACACUCUUCUCAGAGCCUCCCACAAAUAUCUGCAAGAAAACAUUUCCAACCAGAGAAUCCCUGCCCAGGUGAUCAGAAUCAGCAGCAGCAGCAACAUUCUGAUCCACACAGCUGGAAUGACAAAGCAAAAUGUCAAGAGGUCAAAGAAAGGUCCAGACCUUUGCUUAAAAGUAUAAAGCAGAGGAGAAUUUCAAGGGCAUUUUCCACCCCAUGCAAAGGACAAAUGGGGAGUUCUAGAGUGUCUGCCGGCGGCCAUCAUCCUCAUUUUGACGAGGAGGCUCAGAGGUAUGACUGCUAA